CAAUAAAAGCAGGACUCCUUUGGACGGCACCUUGAAGUCUCACAUGUGGGUGUACACACUGCCUGGACCUCUCAAUUGAGGACUCCAGAGUGCUAUUCCAGGGUCUUCCAGCAUUGCCUGAAUCUGGAUGUAGUGUAGAGUGGUUAUUUGACUGGUCAGUCCUCCGGGCCUGAAAAUGAAAAUGUUUCAGCAGACCAUAAAUCUUUCAGCAGAACAGAGGUUUAUUGUAACAUGUGCAAAAAUGGUGCUCAGUCUGAACGUUAUUCUGUUCCUAACUUUGCAUCUUUUGCCUGGAAUGAAAAGUUCAAUGGUAAAUUUGAUUAACAAUGGGUAUGAUGGCAUUGUCAUUGCAAUUAACCCCAGUGUGCCAGAAGAUGAAAAACUCAUUGAAAACAUAAAGGAAAUGGUAACUGAAGCUUCUACUUACCUGUUUCAUGCCACCAAACGAAGAGUUUAUUUCAGGAAUGUGAGAAUUUUAAUUCCAAUGACCUGGAAAUCAAAAUCUGAGUACUUCAUACCAAAACAAGAAUCAUAUGAUCAGGCAGAUGUCAUAGUUGCUAACCCUUAUCUAAUAUAUGGAGAUGAUCCCUAUACACUUCAAUAUGGAAGGUGUGGAGAAAAAGGAAAAUAUAUACAUUUUACUCCAAACUUCAUGUUGACUAAUAAUUUCCGCAUCUAUGGGUCCCGAGGCAGAGUAUUUGUCCAUGAGUGGGCCCAUCUCCGCUGGGGAAUAUUUGAUGAGUAUAAUAUGGACCGGCCAUUCUAUAUUGCCAGAAAGAACACUAUUGAAGCAACAAGAUGUUCGACUCAUAUUACUGGUACUAAUGUGAUUUUCAAGAAAUGCCAGGGAGGCAGCUGUGUAACAAGGCCGUGCAGACGUGACUCACAGACAGGGCUGUAUGAAGCAAAAUGUACAUUCAUCCCAGAAAAAUCCCAGACUGCAAAGGAGUCCAUCAUGUUUAUGCAAAGUCUCCAUUCUGUGACUGAAUUUUGUACAGAAGAAACACACAAUACAGAAGCUCCAAACCUACAAAACAAAAUGUGCAAUGGCAAAAGUACAUGGGAUGUAAUCAUGAACUCUGUUGACUUUCAGAAUACAUCUCCCAUGACAGAAAUGAAUCCACCAACUCAUCCUACAUUUUCAUUGCUCAUGUCCAAACAGCGGGUAGUCUGUUUGGUACUUGAUAAAUCUGGAAGUAUGGCCUCAGAAGACCGUCUCUUUCGAAUGAAUCAAGCAGCAGAACUAUACUUGAUUCAAGUUAUUGAAAAGGGAUCUUUGGUUGGGAUGGUUACAUUUGACAAUGUUGCUGAAAUCCAAAAUCAUCUAACAAGAAUAACUGAUGACAAUGCUUACCAAAAGAUCACUGCAAAUCUGCCUCAAGAAGCUAGUGGUGGAACUUCAAUUUGUAAGGGGCUCAAAGCAGGAUUCCAGGCAAUUAUCCACAGUAACCAAAGUACUUCUGGUUCUGAAAUCAUACUAUUAACUGAUGGGGAAGAUAAUGAAAUAAAUUUAUGCUUUGAGGAUGUAAAACAAAGUGGUGCGAUCAUCCACACCAUUGCUCUGGGACCUUCUGCUGCCAAAGAACUGGAGACACUGUCAAAUAUGACAGGAGGAUAUCGUUUCUUUGCCAAUAAAGACAUAAAUGGCCUUACUAAUGCUUUCAGUAGAAUUUCAUCUAGAAGUGGAAGCAUCACUCAGCAGGCUAUUCAGUUGGAAAGCAAAGCCUUGAAAAUUACAGGAAGGAAAAGAGUAAAUGGCACAGUGCCCAUAGACAGUACAAUUGGAAAUGACACUUUCUUUGUUGUCACAUGGACAAUACAAAAGCCAGAAAUUGUUCUCCAAGAUCCAAAAGGAAAGAAAUAUAAAACCUCGGAUUUCAAAGAAGAUAAGUUAAAUAUUCGGUCUGCUCGUCUGCGAAUACCCGGUAUUGCAGAGACAGGUACUUGGACUUACAGCCUUCUAAAUAAUCAUGCCAGCUCUCAAACGCUAACAGUGACAGUGACCACUCGAGCAAGAAGUCCUACUACACCCCCAGUAAUUGCAACAGCUCACAUGAGUCAAAAUACAGCACAUUACCCUAGCCCAGUGAUUGUUUAUGCACAAGUCAGUCAAGGGUUUUUGCCUGUACUGGGAAUCAGAGUAAUAGCCAUCAUAGAAACUGAAGAUGGACAUCAAGUAACAUUGGAGCUCUGGGACAAUGGUGCAGGUGCUGAUACUGUCAAGAAUGAUGGCAUCUACUCAAGAUAUUUUACAGAUUACUAUGGAAAUGGUAGAUACAGUUUAAAAGUACAUGCGUGGGCAAGAAACAACAUGGCUAGGCUAAACUUAAGACAACAACAGAACAAAGCUCUGUAUGUUGCAGGCUAUGUUGAAAAUGGUAAAAUUAUACUGAAUCCACCGAGACCUGAAGUCAAAGAUGACCUGGCAAAAGUUAAAAUAGAAGACUUUAGCAGACUAACCUCUGGAGGGUCAUUUACUGUAUCAGGAGCUCCUCCUCCUCCUGGCAAUCACCCUUCUGUGCUCCCACCCAGUAAAAUUACAGAUCUUGAGGCUAAGUUCAAAGAAGAUUAUAUUCAACUUUCAUGGACAGCCCCUGGCAAUGUCCUAGAUAAAGGAAAAGCUAACAGCUACAUUAUAAGAAUAAGUAAGAGUUUCAUGGAUCUCCAAGAAGAUUUUGACAAUGCGACUUUAGUGAAUACUUCUAAUCUAAUACCUAAGGAGGCCGGCUCAAAAGAAAAUUUUGAAUUUAAGCCAGAACAUUUUAGAAUAGAAAAUGGCACCAAAUUCUAUAUUGCAGUCCAAGCCAUCAAUGAAGCCAAUCUCAUCUCAGAGGUUUCUUACAUUGUACAAGCAAUCAAAUUUAUUCCUCUACCAGAAGACAGUGUCCAUGCUCUGGGUACCAAGAUUUCUGAAAUCACUCUGGCAAUUUUUGGAUUACCAAUGAUUUUCUCUAUAUUUUAAACUAGGAAUUGUGUCAGUGCUGAUAACCAAUGUUAUACAUAGUUGGUACACAUUUAUUUAGGAUUUAAUUUGCUAUUUUCUUGUUGUUCAGUUGCUAAAUUGCGUCCAACUCUUUGCGACCCCAGGACUACAGCAUGCCAGGUUUCCCUGUCCAUCACCAACUCCCAGAGCUUGCUCAAAUUCAUGUUCAUUUGAGUCAGUGAUGCAUCUAACUGUUUCAUCCUCUGCUGUCCUCUUCUCCUCUUACCUUCAAUCUUUCCCAGCAUUAGGAUCUUUUCCAGUGAGUCGGCUCUUGGCAUCAGGUGGCCAAAAUAUUAGAGUUUUCAGCAACAGUUCUUCAAAUGAAUAUCCAGGGUUGAUUUUCUUUAGGAUUGACUGGUUUGAUCUUGCAGUCCAAGGGACACUCUAGAGUCUUCUCCAGCACCACAGUUCAAAAGAAUCUGUUCUUUGGUACUCAGCCUUCUUUAUAGUCCAAUGUUCGCAUCUAUGCAUGACUACUGGAAAAACCGUAGCUUUGACUAGAUGGAUCUUUGUUGCCAAAGUGAUGUCUCUGCUUUUUAACACACUGUCUAGGUUUGUCAUAGCUUUCUUUCCAAGGAGAAAAGGUCUGUUAAUUUCAUGACUGCAGUCACAAUAGGCAAUGAUUUUGGAAUCCAAGAAAGAAAAUCUGCCACUGUUUCCACUUUGCCCCCAUCUAUUUGUCACAAAGUGAUGGAACCAGAUGCCAUGAUCUUAAUUUUUUGAAUGUUGAGUUUCAAGCCAGUUUCAAGCUCCCUUGCCUUCUUCACCUGCAUCAAGAGGAUCUUGAGUUCCUCUUCAUUUUCUGCCACCAGAGUGGUAUCAUCUACAUAUCUGAGGUUGUUGAUAUUUCUCCCCAAAUCUUGAUUCCAGCUUAUGUCAUACAGCCUGGCAUUUCACAUGAUGUAGUCUGCAAAGAAGUUAAAUAAGCAGAGUGUCAGUAUACAGCCUUGUCUUACUACUUUUCCAAUUUUGAAACAGUCAGUUGUUCCAUGUUCAGUUCCAACUGUUGCUUCUUGACCAACAUACAGGUUUCUCAGCACACAGGUAACGUGCUCUGGAAUUCCCAUCUCUUUAAGAAUAUGCCAUAGUUUGUUGUGAUCCACACAGUCAAAGCCUUUAGGAUAGUCAAUGAAGCAAAAAUAGAUACUUUUCUGGAAUUCCCUUGCUUUCUCUAUGAUCCAGCAAUGUUGGCAAUCUGAUCUCUUGUUCCUCUGCCUUUUCUAAAUCUAGCUUGAACAUCUGGAAGUUCACAGUUCACACCCUGCUGAAGCCUAGCUUGAAGGAUUUUGAGCAUAAUCUUCUAGCAUAUAAAAUGAGUGCAAUUGUACAGUAGUUUGAACAUUCUUUGGCAUUGCCCUUCUUUGGGGUUGGAAUGAAAACUGAUCUUGUUCAGUUCUGUGACCACUGCUGAUUUUCCAAAUUUGCUGGCAUACUGAGUGCAGCACUUUAACAGCAUCAUCUGUUAGGAUUUUAAAUAGCUCAGCUGGAAUUGCGUCACCUCCACUAUCUGAGUUUGUAGUAAUACUUGCUAAGAACCACUUGACUUCACACUCCAAAAUGUCUGGCUCUAGGUGAGUGACCAUACUCUCAUGGUCAUCCAGGUCAUUCAGAUCUUUUUUGAAUGGUUCUUCUGUGUAUUCUUGUCACCUCUUCUUAAUCUCUUCUGCCUCUGUUAGGUCCUUACUGUUUGUGUCCAUUAUUGUGCCCAUCCUUACAUGAAAUGUUACCUUGGUAUUCUCCAAAUUUCUUGAAGAGAUCUCUAGUCUUUCCCAUUCUUUAGUUUUUCUCUAUUUCUUUGCAUUGUUCAUUGAAGAAGGACUUCUUAAAUCUCCUCGCUGUUCUCUUGAACUCUGCAUUCAGCUGGGUAUAUCUUUCCCUUUCUCCUUUGUCUUUUGCUUCUGUUCUUUCCUCAGCUAUUUUUAAGGCCUCCUCAGACAACCACUUUGCCUUCCUCCAUAUCUUUUUCUUGGGGAUGAUUUUGGUCACUGCCUCCUGUACAAUGUUACAAUGAACCUCCCUCCUUAAUUUUUCAGGUACUCUGUCUAUCAGAUGUAAUCACUUGAAUCUAUUCAUCACCUCCACUGUAUAAGGGAUUUGAUUUAGGUCAUACAUGAAUGGCAUAGUGGUUUUCCCUUUCUUCAAUUUAAGCCUGAAUUUUACAAUAAGGAGCUCAUGAUCUGAGCCACAGUCAGCUCCAGAUCUUGCUUUUGCUGACUGUGUAGAGCUUCUCCAUCUUCAGCUGCAAAGACUAUAACCAAUCUGAUUUUGAUAUGGACCAUCUAGUGAUGUCCAUGUAUACAGUCAUCUCUUGUGUUGUUGGAAGAGGGUGUGUGUGCUACAUGUUGCUAUGUGUUGCUAUGCCCAGUGUGUUCUUUUGACAAAGCUCUAUUAGCCUUUGCCCAGCUUCACUUUGUACUCAAGGACAAACUUGCCUACUCCUCCAGGUAUUUCUUGACUUCCUACUUUUGCAUUACAAUUCCUAAUGAUGAAAAGGACAUCUCUUUGGUGUUAGUUCUAGAAGGUGUUGUAGGUCUUCACAGAACUAAUCAACUUCAGCUUCUUCUGCCUCAGUGGCUGGGGCACAGACUUGGAUUAUUAUGACGUUGAAUGGUCUGCCCUGGAACCGAAUUGAAAUCAUUCUAUUAUUUUUGAGAUUGCAUCCAAGUACUGCAUUUCAGACUCUUUUGUUGACUAUGAGGUCUACUCCAUUUCUUCUAAGGGAUUCUUUCUCAUAGUAGUAGAUAUAACAGUCAUCUGAAUUAAAUUCUCCCAUUUCCGUCCAUUUUAGUUCACUGAUUCCUAAUAUGUCAAUGAUCACUCUUACCAUCUCCUGUUUGACUACAUGCAACUUACCUUGAUUCAUGGAUCUGAUAUUUCAGGUUCCUAUGCAAUACUGUUCUUCACAGCAUCAGACUUUUUUUUCAUUACCAGACACCUCCACAGCUGAAUAUUGUUUCUGCUUGACAGCUACUUCAUUCUUUCUGCAGCCAUUCAUAAUUGUACUGUGUUCUUCCCCAGUAGCAUAUGCUCUUCCAACCCUGAUAGCUCAGUUGGCAAAGAAUCCGCCUGCAAUGCAGGAGACCCAGUUCAAUUCCCGGUUGGGAAGAUCCUCUGAAGAAGGAAUUGGCUACUCACUCCAGUAUCCUUGGGCUUACCUUGUGGCUCAGCAGGCUAAGAAUCCGCCUGCAAUGCAGGAGACCUGGGUUUGAUCCCUGGGUUGGGAAGAUCCCUUGGAGAAGGGAAAGGCUACCCACUCCAGUAUUCUGGCCUGGAGAAUUCCAUGGACUCUAUAGUCCACAGGGUUGCAAAGAGUCGGACAUGACUGAGUGACUUUCCCUCACUCUCUCACUCACUCCAACCUAGGGGGCUCCUCUUCGGUGUUAUAUCCUUUUCAUACUGCUCAUGGGGUUCUCACAGCAAGAAUACUCGAGUGGUUUGCCAUCCCUUCCUUUAGAGCACCACAUUUUGUCAGAAUUCUUCACUAUAACCCAUCCAUCUUGGGUGGCUCUGCACAGCAUGGCUCAUAGCUUCGUUGAGUUAUACAAGCCCCUUCACCCCAACAAGGCAAUGAUCCAUAAAGGGGCAUUUGCUAUAUUCAUGGUGUAUUAUAUAACUCUUUAAAAUGUACAAGUGAAUGUACGAAAGUCAUAAAUUUCCUAAGUACUUCAGUUUAUUAGUUCUAAUUAUACUCUGAAUUUAAGGCAAAAUGAUUAUACCAUUCCUUAUAUUUUAAAAAUCCAUUUAUUAACUCAUCAUAAAAUAAAAUGCUUAUUUCUA